GUGUUUGCCAAUCUCGUGAACAUUGACAAACAGACAGAUUGAUUAGACAGAUGGAUAAAUAAUAUCACAACACACCUGCUACAUCAUAUCCCAGAGGGUUAUGAAGACUAUGGACCAUUGUAUGAUAGAUGGCUUUAUCCUUUGGAACGAGCAAACAGUUGGGUGACCAGACAAAUUUUACAACAUGGACACGAAGAAUCAACAGUGAUGCAGACAUACCGGAUAUACGAUUGGAGCUCUCACAAUAUUUUGAGUGGUGAAAUUAUAAAUUACAGCAGACAAACAAGUCUGUGUCGCUUGGCAGAAAAAGUAAACUCCAUUCACCAUCAAGAUAUAUCUACAGCAUCUACGAAAAGAUUCAUAUUGCAAAGUGAGGAUCUAUCAAUUCUAAAAGACAAUUACAAUAAUAUAUAUGACCAAAAUUAUGAGUUAUUUGACAUAGACCCAGUGGUCACAUAUCUUAAGUUCAGCCAAAGACAGGAUGCCGAGUUAAAAAGACAAAUUUUCUUCUCAACAACAGAGCAUCAGACGACAGCAUCACGCUCACAUGACUAUUGUGUUAGUGUUUUGCAUAGGACAAACCGUCGCUUUGGCACAAUUUCUAAGAUUUUCAAACACAACCAUCUAGAUAAAGCUACCAUGUGGGUAAAAUUGGAGAUGUUUCCCAUUCCCGAACAAUCUGGACUAUUCUUGGUCACCGAUGACAGAAAGAUUGACACACAUAUAUUUAGCUUUGAUAAAAUAAGCAAUCCAGUUGCAUUUGCUUCAGAAGACAAUAAAAUAUUGUUUUUAAAUGUUUAGAUAUGCAUUUAUACAUGUACAUGUAUUUUGUAUGAAGUAGAUAAAUAGUUUAUAUACUUGGAAAGGUACAUUGUUAUGUAUUUUCUUGCUGUAUAUAGAACGAGUUGUUCAAAAGAAAAAAAAUAAAUGGAUAAAAAGAGAUUUUUUAAAUGGAAGUCAACUUUGCUAUUUUCUAUGAGAUAUUCCUUUCAAAGGGUGUAUUCCGUUUCCAACAUUUUUUUGCAUUACUUUUCCAAAAUAAUAGUUGCACCUUAACGCAUUUACCUGUAUUUCACCUGUAAAAAAUGGUAAUAAUAAUAUAUAAGACUUAAUAUUAUUAUAGUAUUUCUUAGUAAUUUGUAAUUAAUGAGUUCCUUCAAUAGGUAGAUAAUUAUUGCAUUAUCCAAAAUAUUUAAACAAAUACCAUACAUUUUGUGUUUAAGAGACAUUUUUUUUCAACUGAGCCAUUUAAGGGGAGAUAACUCUUUUAGUAAAAAAAAGUUACUGGUCUGAUUGGGAUUUCUUUAAAAUUUUACUUGUAUCAAGAAAGCAGUUCAGUGACACCACUUUUUCUUUUUUUUUCUUUAUACAUAUUAUAAAACCUAUCUUCUCACAAUUUCUUUCAAUGAAAGUUCUAUCUCAUAGAUUUUUUUUUUGCACAAAAAUGUGUUUUUGCAUGAUCCUACAAUUUUUCAAUGACUCAUAGUUUUAAAAAUAGCACAGA